GCCAAUUGGUAAAUUCUUCAAGUUCAACGAGAGGAGGGAUGGUCAAAAGUUUUGUGUGGCACUGGACUGUGAGAUGGUUUAUACUACCAUUGGUGAGGAGGUGGCUACUGUGUGUUUGGUGGAUGGCAAUGGGAAUGUCCUCAUCAAAGAGAACAUCAAACCCAUGGGUGUGGUGACAGAUUAUAGGACUCCAUUUUCUGGCCUGACAGAAAGCGAAUUGAAUGAAGCAGUUUAUUCAGCUUCAGAAAUUUUGAAGAAGAUGCAGGACUACAUAGGGCCUGAUACUAUCAUAGUUGGACAUGGCAUUGACAAUGAUCUACUGUCUUUGAGGAUUGUUCAUUCCAAUGUUGUGGACACGGGGCUUGUGAGACCAUUAGUGUCUUAUACUGGUACAAAUAGACGUAAGUCUCUGGCAUCCCGUGUGCAAGACGCAUUCAAUGAAGAUAUAACCGUCAGGGCAAAAGGUGGGCCCCGUAACAAAGCAGCAGAAGACGCCCAGUACGCCAUGGCUUUGGCGCGGGUUGAUGCAGCAAGCGACCCUGCGGCGCGUGUAUGAAACUCUUCGCCGUUUGUGGUCACAUUAUCACAAACAGAUGUCGCUCGAUUGAAACCUGAAUAGGAACGUCUUUCGGGAAAUUGACAAGAUUCCAGUCCAAUGAAGAGAUUAAUCAAAAUAGGGAUGCUAUCGGGUGAUUGAAAUAUUGGAAUGCGGAUUUUUGACUCGGGGGAACUGGAAAUAUUUCCAGACAUUUAAUCGAUUUUCGCGCAGGUGUCGCUCCUCUUCGAUCUUUGGGUAUUUUUUAGGCAGCAGUGUUGUGCUGUAUAGCUCAGUUUUUUGACACACAUGGAUUCUUUCGAAAAGGGUUAUAUUUUAAACUCAUUUGCUGACAAAUUCUUUUGAGGUUCACAUUUCUAAAGUUUCAUUUUCCCCAACUAAUUCGUCAACUAGCGAAGUCUUGGUAAGAAGCUGCUUAUAUUCGUGUUUUCAAAUUUCUAAGACUCGGACAUUCGAAUUUCCUCUAAAUUCUCGCCUUUUUCAAGAAAAAAUGCGGGAUUUAAAUAAUUAUAAAUCAGUUCUGACGAUUCAAAGAAAUGAUCGAAAAGGCUUUAUAAUUUGAAUGGUUUAUUGUACUUUGUUCUCAAAGUAUUUUUUUUAGCCAACACCAGUUACUAAUUAGUUGAUGAACUUAUCAUUCCAAUGUUGAUAAACCAAAAUUCAGCAAUGCUAAAGAAAAAAGUGUUCAAAUAUUCCAAUCAUAUCAUUGGCAACUUUUCUGACGUGGAAUAUUUUCACAAUUUUGAUUAUUUUAAAAGGCAUUGAAAACAGCCCAUUUUGACCGUUGUGUUUUUUAUAUCAAUCUGUGGUUUCAGACAUUGGCUCUAAAUGUUUGCCCAAGUUGAAUAAUACGGAUGCUUCAUUUUUUUGCCACAUUUUUUUCUAAACAAAAACAACUUGUAUUUUGCGGGGAUUAUCCAUGUCAGAAUAAUGCAAGGAAUCAAAAAGGAGUUUUUGAAUGUCUAUUCCUACAAGUGAAUUGCAAGAUGUUCCUAAUGGAGAUUUUCAGUGCAAUAAAGUUGGGUCUAACUGUA